UCUCUAUGAUAUUACAUCAAUAAACCUGUAUCAGCUACCGUCUAUAGAAGGCAUUGACAGACAGAGGAUCGGCAACGUUGUUCUCCCAUCUUUCUCCACUGCCAUUAUAACGUGGACCUCAUAAUAGUUUACCUGUAUUGUAUUCGACUAACUAGCUUUAUUUAAUUGACAAUAAGCCUCUUUCCUGAUUCAUAAUAGAAUAUAACAAGUAAGGUAUACAGUGAUAGACGUCAACCUUAACAGUAUAGUUCUACUUCCUCUAUUAGUCUAUCAGAUAUGUUCUUCUCAAAAGGAGGUGAAACUAAGUCAGUGUACCAAAGGCUACAUUAGCGUCAUUGGAAUAACAAUUAUCUGAAAAACAAUUGAUUAAAUUCAUAGAAAAGUAUAGCUGUACAACAUGGGAAAACUGAUAGUGAUUCUACAAACAACUGUUGUUUUAUUAUGGAUUUUGGAAACGAAACUAGUGAGAUGUGAAUUGUGGGUUGCUAAACCUUUGACAAAAGCUUUGUGGGGGUUUUCUCCGAGUCCAGUAAACAAUACUCUAUGCAGAGAGCAAUCUUCAAUCUACAAACAGAAUUUGGCAAAUCUUACACUAUGGGCUAUUCAAAUGCUGGAUGCAAGCACCCUAGCCCCUAACGGUCUCGUAGCAGGCGACAUCCACCAGUUGGGUCACUUUGACUCUUGCAUGGCGACCCGGGGACCUGUGCAGCCCCAGUUCUGUGUACCAACCAUCAUGUUCCAACCAUUUUCGAAAAUAUUCCCCACAUUCGACGACGGUAACUACUCUAGAGGAUUCGAAGGAGAUGAUAACACAACAUGGAGUUUACAAAUAUGGGAAAAGAUGAAGCCCAAUCCAGAUGCAAGUAAACAACGGAGAGACCGUCUGCAUUGGGGCCUGUGUCUGCCGGCCUCCUGCCGACCUCUAGAGAUCCAAACAGAGCUGAAUGAAACCCUAAAUAGUCUCUCCGCAGAGAGCCACAUUCAUUUCCAAGUCUCCCUGAGUGACCUGAUGUGCUACAAUCCCCAUAAGGAGUUCUCAGACCGUUAUACGGGACCUGAAAAAUCUGCCGGAUUCUAUAUCAUGUGCUACUUGCUUGCAAUUCUUGGAGUGAUAUUGGUUAUAGCAACAGUUACUGAUAUACUGCUGGGAGUAGGGCGUACACAGGGCGAUGAUUCGUCAACUCGGAAGAUGAACGACACUUAUAAGAAAAGUUUAUUCUUGCAGCUUUACUCAGUUCGAUUAAAUUUGGAACGAUUGACUAGAAAGGACAAAUCCUCAGAAUUCGAUAUUUUGAACGGCAUGAAAUUCGUGCUGCUUUUUUUCGUGGUGACAGGUCACAGGGGACUCUUCAAUAUGGGGACCGCUCUGUCGGAUCCUGAGUACGUCGAAAGUCUCUACAGAAGCAUUCCUUACCUGGGAGUGAUGAACGGAAAUUAUAUGGUUGAUGGCUAUUUGACAAUCAGUGGUUUUCUCACAUUCCACAAAGUUUAUCGAAUGCUGAACAAAACCAAACAGUUCAACUUCAUACAGCUUGUGCUCUACAGAUGGCUGAGGAUAAUCCCAGUAUACAUGUUCAUCGUGGCAUUCUACGCAAUACUGUUGCCACACCUUGGCAGGGGGCCACUAUGGCAGGAGCAGAUUGUACGCGAAUCAAACCGCUGCCAACAAAACUGGUGGACAAACUUCCUCUUCAUCAACAACUACGUACACUCUGACGACCAGUGUCUCCUGGUAUCAUGGUAUCUCGCCUGUGAUCUCCACUUCUUCAUCCUCGGAUCCAUCUUGGUAUAUCUCAUCUGGCUUCAACCUAGAUUCUCUUGGAUUACCAUGUUUACCACGUUUACCAUCAGUAUUUCUAUCCCGUUUAUAAUUACCUAUACAGGGAGUUACUAUGGAGUAUUGAGGAGCUACACAAGCUUCUAUGCGGAUCCUGUAAAAUGGUUUGAUUUCUACGCGGUGUAUGGGAGAACACACAACCGGGCAGCCCCCUAUGUUAGUGGUAUCAUCACGGGGUACAUCACUCAAACGAUACUAGAUAAAAAGAUACAAAUCCCCCCCAAAAUCAAACUUUGGAUCACUGUUUUGAUCAUCAUCAUCAUUUUCCCAAUUUUAUUCAUGAGUUCCCUGUUUUAUUUGUACCCCUACAACGCGUUGAUGAAUGCAGUUUAUGCUUCAACGCACCGAGUCCUCUACGCCUGCUUCCUCAACUGGUUGAUCGUUGUCCAGGUCACUACAGGGUGGGAGGUUCUCAACGGUCUAUUAUGUUCCCCUUGGUGCAUCCCCUUCAGCCGUCUAUCUUUGUGUGCAUUACUAAUCCACCCUCUACUCCAACUCUACUCCGUGGCAACCUUGAGGACAUCUGAGUUCUACACAUAUUCGAAGGGUUAUUAUGUUGGAACAGCUGAUAUGUUUGUAUCGUUUUUCUUCUCCUUGUUUUUGUAUCUGAGCGUGGAAGCGCCUUGCAGUACAUUGCAGAAUAUUAUGUUUGGACUGUUGUUGGGUAGAAAGUCUGGUGGGAGAACGAAAGGAGAGAAAAGUGGUGAUGGUGUGCAUAUAGCAGAUACUGAAGAGAAUACACGAGUCUAGAUCUACUUGGGGCCGGUUUCCGAGCUCGGUAUUUAGCUGAAAGGCUGGAAAAAAACUUUCUACUCGUGAUAUUUUUCAAAGUUUUCCGAUUUGUAUAUCAUCAAGCUAUCACGAUGGAAAAGUUUUCUCAGGAAAAUAUUUUUCCGAUCAUUAAGCUGGGUUCACACCAAAGUUAUAAACAAAAUGUUAAUAACCUAAUUCUUAUAGAUUCUACGGAUGGAAAUUACUAAGAUAUUGCAAUUAUUCAAAUUUUAAUGAAUCAAUCAUUAUUACUAAAAGAAAAUCCAAAUUAAAUGCUGUAAAUCACCCGAAGACUUCUGCUACUGCAGAUAUUGACAACAGGGUAAACAGCUAGAUGGAAUUCGAUGAGCGCUACUAUUCAAAAAUUAUUUGUCAGCCGGGAAUCGAACCCAGUACCUCCUAAUUGCUGGUCAGGAAUGCUUACCCUUACACCAAACUGACAAUCUCUGGAUAGCAGCGCUCAUUUUAUACGAAGCCAUAGCGGCCAGCCAGUCUACAGAUGGCUAAAUUACAUGAUUUUCGUUUAAUAAUGAUAAAUAAUUCAUUAGCAUUUGAAAAAUUGCAAUAUCUCAGUAGUUUUCAUCUGUGAACAAAAUUUUUAUUGAAAUGAAAAAUUAAAUGAAAUUUAUUGAUUCCUUUUCACAAAAAAAUAGCAAAAUACAGUUUAGGAAAAAUAGGAACUAAGUUGACCAUACUAAGCAGUAUUUAUGGUCAGCUUACAGAAAAAAUAGCAUGGUCAUCAUUGCUAAAAAAAUUACAAAAAUGGUUAUAACUUGAUUUUAAGUUAUACAAAAUGAAAUAGAAUAAUAUUAAAAACAAUAUAAAAACCUUAUAGUGCCCUCUUUUAUUAAAAACUUUAAAAUAUUUCAACGACUAGUUAAAUGUGAUAGACUAAAGCUGCGUUUACAUCAAAGUUAUUAACAAAAUAAUUAUAGAUUCUAUUAGAUUGAACAUAACUCAUAAUACACAUGAUGAACAUAUGUGUUUGUCAAGUUCCGUUCAAUCUAAUAGAAUCUUUAAGGAUUAAGUUAUUAACAUUUUGUUAAUAACUUUGGUGAAAACACGGCUUAAAUGCAACACCAAUGUUUAUCAAAUAAACUGCCAUUAUGGAGUGACCUUACUAUAUAAUUUGUAUUUUUGUAUAUAAGCUACUUUUAUGUGAAUAGAAAACUUUCUAUUACAUUUCUCUGAAACUUUUCAAUGUCUUGCCUGUGAAUAUAAAAAAAUUAACAUUGAAGAUAUUCACGAAUAGAGUUGAACGAUUUCUGUUGAUGGAUCCAGUUUAUGAAAUAAAAGUGUUCUAUGAUGUAGGCUAGUUGACAAUAUGCUUGAUUAGCAACUAUUUUUAUUAGUGAACUAGCCGUCAGGCUCGCUUCGCUCGCCAUAUCCGUCUAGCCAGGGGGCUCCGCCCCCUGGACCCCCGACUGGAUCGUCCGAGAAUGAGAUCAGCAGGCUCGCUUCGCUCGCCUGCAUUUUUCAUUUGAGCAUUUUUAUCAUAUGUUAGAGCAAUCCAGUCGGGGGUCCAGACUAAACGUCUGGCUAAACGGAUAUGGCGAGCGAAGCGAGCCUGACGGCUAGUAAUAUAAUAUUCCCAGGAUUGAAGUAGCAGUGCCCAAUCAAUUUUCCGCGAUAAAUGCAUUUAGAUCUUCAACUUGGUGCCAACCUAAUAUAGUCAACUCAACUUAAUGCCAACCUGACAAAAUUAUUAAUUUAGUUGCCAGUUAACAACUGUUUCGAAGAGGUACUCUAUCUAGAUUAUAGUUCUAUAGUAACAUAUGAUAUGGAAAUUUCAAUUAUAAAUUAAGAGAUUGGGAGAAGAAGAAUAUACAUGCUAAAAGACGAACUUUAAACCCUUAAAAACAACCCUUAGAGUUAAAAUAUUGCCAAAAGAUUUCUUAGUGCGCCUCUAAAGGGCCAACUGAACAUACCUACCAAAUUUGAACGCUUUUGGUCCGGUAGAUUUUUAGUUAUGCGAGUGAGUGAGUGAGUGAGUGAGUGAGUCAGUCAGUCAGUCAGUCAGUGAGUGAGUGCCAUUUCGCUUUUAUAUAUAUAGACUAGUCAUAAGAUUAUGUCUUAAGAGUGUGUUCUGUGUUUUACUUCUAUUGUUAUGGAAAUAAGUAUAUUUUUAUGUUUAUAAAAUAUUGUAAUGUCUUGCUUGUAAUUAUAUUAUUUGUUGAUUUCCUUCAAUAAGAGAAUAUUCAAAAAUCAAAUAUAAAAGUUGUUGUAUGAGAAAUGAUAUUGUGGAAUUUUUGCAUAAAUGAAAAUACGCAGUUUUAUUGUUGUCACAUCAACAUUUUUAUCAUAUUUAUGAAAUUAUAUUUGGACUACCUACCUACUUACAUAUAGCAAUUAUUAUAAUCCAUUUAGGUCUUAAAUACCCACUAACAUACCAAUAAUUGGUUCAUUGUUAAUAUUAUAGGUCAUUAUUAGGUAUUACCCUAAUAAUAUUCUAUUUUGAAAUAAAUAAAUAUAAUAUAUAAAUGUGUUACAGGUGUAUUGGAAACAGAAAAAAUAUAUACCAAUGAUAAUCAUUCUUUUUAACAAGCUAUAACCUGGUUAUUUUCAUCUUGGGAUGCAAUGGACCCCACAAAUCCUGAUUUAUUGUUGAGAAGAAUGUGCAAGCUAUAUAAGAUUCGUUUGAGGAUUACGAUGAUGUAGGUACCUAUUUAAAAAUAUCAGACACUCCUCUAAAGCAGGAGUCUCCAACCUUUUUUAUUCAAGGGCCACAUUGUUAAUUCUUGGGAGGCUUAGAGGGCCAAUAUCAAGGAUGUACAUGGAAUUUCACUUGUGGAUUUAGGGGGUGUAAAAUUAUCAUAUUUCCAUUAAAAUAAUAUGAGGAGUUUUAAGUAGGUUUAAUUAAAACACAGGAAGAAACAAACCAAUUCAUUUAACUUCAAUA